AUUUCUAGAAAUUAUUGGUUCAAUUGAAAUCUUGUAAACAUAUGUAUUUUGAUCAAAUAAUAAGAUAAACAUUAUUUUAUUAUUCAAACUAGCAUGUGCCGUUUCAUGGAUAGACCUAUUUCUACAGCUGAUAAGUUGCACUUUUAUCUACAAUAAUAUGGAAUCUUGAUGGUAUAGACAAAGUUAGAGCGAUGGCUAAUGUAGAUGAAGUAUCUCCACUUCUCUCUAAGCAGGAACAGAGCUUGAGAAAAUCACGUUCUUAUGCUGGCAGUCAAGGGAGAGAUGGAGCUAUCAGACAAUCCGUGUCAUAUAGUUCAAUCAACACCAGCACAGAUGAUAUAGAAGAACAUGACCCAGGGACAUCGGCUAUGCUGCAUAGAUAUAAAUAUUACAACAAGCUCGCUCCCCACAGUGAAAGUUCACUGGUGAUGCCAGACCAUGUGGUGCCAUCUUUGUUUUUUCUUAUCAUCCCAGGCAAAGAUUCUGGUAAACAGGGCAGUAUAGUCACAAUAUUCUCGAUAUGGAAUACGAUGAUGGGCACUUCAUUACUUAGUAUGCCAUGGGCAAUAUCACAGGCAGGAUUUGGAACAGGGAUUGCCAUUAUGGUUGUGAUGUCUGGUAUAAUGCUAUUCACUGCCUACAGGGUCGUCAAGUCUAUUGAUGGAAUACCAAGAUUAGGGGAGGUUGUUGAGUUCUCUGAUAUCUGCAAGUACCACCUUGGUCGUGUCGGGGAGUUUAGUGCCGUCUUCUUCUCUCUAUUCGCCCUUCUAGGAGCCAUGGUUGUUUACUGGGUUCUCAUGUCCAACUUCCUCUACAACACUGUGGCAUUUAUUUAUGAAUCUGUCAAUCAUCAAAAUGUCUCAGAUCGCGUGACUGGUAAUGGAUCACAAUAUGAUGUGCUCUGUCCAAAUAUCCCGUUGUACUUGAUAGAAGACAAUGCAAAACCAAUCAACAAUACAACAAGUCUACAUACAAUGCAACAGACGUAUUCACCAAUCAAAUACCUCCGACACAAUGUAAUCCAGCAGACAACAAGUAAUACUACAGCGCCAUCUUUGUUUGACCAAGUGUGGAAUCAGACAACAACUGUACCAUUGUUUUUGAUUCUGGUCUUGUUUCCACUGAUGAACUUUAAAUCUCCAACAUUCUUCACAAAAUUCAACUCACUAGGAACGAUCUCUGUGCUUUAUCUGCUCACAUUUACUACAAUCAAGGGAGUCCGUUGGGGCUUCCAUCUGGAUUUCAACCCUGCACAUGUUAACACAUAUGUACCUGAAUUUGAAACUACAUUAUUUACGAUGACAGGAAUCCUUUCCCUGGGGCUGUUCAUCCACAAUGCAAUCAUUAGCAUUAUGAGGACCCACUCUAAUCCUAAAGCUGUUGGAAGAGACCUGACCAUAGCAUACAUACUGGUAGCCCUCACAUACCUUUACAUUGGGGUAUUCUUCUUCGCCACCUUUCCUUUACACAAAUACUGCAUAGAAGAUAAUUUUUUAAACAAUUUCCUGAAAUCAGAUACUCUAUCAGUCGUAGCCAGAGUUGGAUUGUUCUUCCAAAUGGUGACUGUAUUCCCUCUGCUCAUCUAUAUAUUCCGUCUACAGUUCAUGCACAGCAUGUUUGGGGCCAUAUAUCCCAGUAUACGGCAUGUGUUGGUGCUGAAUGUGGUGCUUACCAUAAUUUGUGUGCUGUUUGCAAUAUUCCUGCCCAGUAUUGGAACAAUCAUUAGAUUUUCUGGAGCUUUCUGUGGGUUGGCCUACGCUUUUACUCUCCCAUGCUUGGUUUACAUUCUUCAUCUCAAGGACAUGGGGAAGCUGACUUGGUUUAUCUCCAUAGUAACCAGCAUCAUCAUCCUCCUUGGUAUCGCAAAUUUUAUUGGACAGUUUUUAGUUAUAGAGAAAUAGUUCAUGGAUCAUUUUUUAAGAAGUAUAAUUUUACUGGUUUGAUCUUAAGUAAUGUUUUGUUUUUAAGUAAUUUAGUGUACAUUGAAGGUGGAAAAUGAAUUUUCCAUCAAAUUGUUUUACAAUGAAUAAAUAGCAUUACAUAGCAGUUCACUAUGUAUGUACAGUAUACUAAGGAAUUUUAAUUUUAUAGCAUUUAUAAAUGAUUUUUUAAAAUGUGUUUCUGGUUUAUUUUAUUAUGAGAUAUGAGCAAUGUCCAGAGUUUAUACUGCAAUACUGUGUUAAUUUGUCGCAUUUCAAUAUGUGAUACAGGAAUUUUUUGUUUAAACUCAGAUGAUAUGGGACCAAAAAUGUAGCUAAACUCAUUAGGCUAGUAGUAGUAUAUUUUACAAUUGAAACAAUCAUAUUUAGUGCAAAUGGACUGGCAAUAUUUUCUUGAUUAUAUAUAGGUAUAUAUUUAUGGCUCAAAUAUCAAUGUUAUUCAAUGUAAAAUGCAUGCAUGUACUAUUAUAUACUUAAUGCAGCUAUUGUACAGGGCAUUGUAAUUAUAUAGUGCCUUCAUUCUUGCUAAAAAUCAUUAUUUUGAUAUUCACAAAAUGACAUCCAAUGCAAGAGCAAUUUUUUGUACUGUAAUUAAUUGCUGGCAUUCUGAUUUCUGUAAAGUCAUUGUAAAUGAAACAUUUUUUCUGGAAAUUGAUAUCAAAUGGUAGUGCCUCAUUAAACGGCAACCGUACAGUGGGUGUAGCUUCCCAAAAUUGAGAGAAAUAUGCAGCAUAAAAUAUAAGGAUAAG